CUGCAACCCGAAACGAGAUGAUACUACAAAAUCGGACUUAGUCAAAAUAUGCAGUGUCUUCUUCCCUGUAUUGCGCGACAACCCCAACCUUGACUGGCAUUCGACUGGAAAUGCUGCUGCAACUCCACUACAGGCACUGCUCGACUGAAAGGGGACUCGAACACCCCUGUGGGGCGGUUACGGAGCGGAAUCGUUUGGUUCAGCAGCGAGUGCAUAAGGUGUGCAAAGUGACAACUGGGUAAUGGGAGACAAGUUUGACAAGUCGGAGCGAAAGUUGUUGCAAGAAGAGCGUGGCAGCUGUUUUCCCAUCAACUUUUCUGCUUGUCCUUGAUUGGUUGUUUGUGUUUUUUUGCCUCGAUUUCAUUGGGCCACUCUCGAGAAACUAGUUUCCGGAAGCACUGGAAUGUGUAUUAAAUUAAUUGUUGCCACCAGUGAGGAGAAAUAAUUUAUAUCUCGUAAUUGGCAGACGAUUUCUGGUUUUAUAGAAUAGGAAAAGAAAAAGUAAUUUAAUGGAAAUAAUAUUUUAAAAAAGAUAGUAAAAAUAAUCAACCAUACAUAACAAGAAAAAAAAUAAAUACACUUUUUUUUUGGUUAUCGGCACAAAUGUUUAAAACUUAAGAACAAGCAAUAAAUAAUAAAAUAAACUUUAUCUUAUAUGAAAAUUGUAUUGAUUCCAAUACGAACAUAAACGACAAAAAAAAUAUUUUGACAAAUUAUUAAGAAAUAAAAUAGUUCGACAAACUGAAACAAACAGAAUUUCAAUAUAUUCUUGAAAAUUUUCUGUUGAAGAAUUUUAAUUAAUUUGACACUUGAAAUAAAGGACGAAAGAAUACAGGGAAAUACCCAUCUUAUAUGUUCAAGAUUUAAGAUCAAGAUUUAAGGAAAUUUUCAAGUAUAUCAACAGUAUAAAUGGUAUCUUCUUCUCAUAAAUGCCACCAAAGAAUGAUUCUCGGCCAGGACGAAGAUGACAUGUCGAAGCCCUCCUUAUUGGCUGCCUAAUUUGACACCUGCCGCCAUUGUUUUCGUGCCUGUGACGUCAUGAAGAACGCAGCGACCAAUCACAACAGCGCAAACGAUAUGAAGUCCACUCUGAACAACGAAGAACUCGAUAUGAGGGAGGCCGGAAAAGCCGAGGAGGGAGUGUCCUUCCUGAGCAGGGGCGAGACUGAGCUGAAGAUCGACAGGUCUGGUCUGCAGCGGUAUUUACCCCAGUGCCUGCAGUUCGCCUUCGCUGAAAAAAGUGCCGAGAGUCUGUACAGAGAGUACUACAGGAUCGAAAAACGCCGGAACACAAAGAUAUUGCUGCUGGUCCUAGCACUGGUGGACAUCGUUCUGCUCGCCACCUACGCUGCAGCCUUUCCCAUCAGGGAAGCUGGGCACUUGGCUGGACAAGUCACUUUCCUCUUGGGAGCACUACUCAUCAUAGGGGUGGUGUUCAUUGUGGUUCGAUGCUAUGCUGCUGUGCUACCCUCUAGACUAUGGGACUGCAUUCCCUUUUUGGCAUGGUUCGUCCAGCUCGGCCACCUGGUCUGUGAUAUGUGGCUGUUCAGCGUGCCGCGGAUGCCCGGUGACUCGGUGGCCUGGACCCUGCUCUACACCUACAUGAUCUACCUGUUGCUGCCCCUCCGACUCAGCGUGUGUCUCAUCCUUAGCAUCGUCAUGGCCUUCGUGCACCUGUUGCUGGUCGGAGUGCUGCCCAAGCCCAUAGACUUCACGGAGAAUCAGCUGGGAGCGAAUGUCCUGCUUUUCUUAUGCGCCAAUCUCCUGGGCUGCCUGUCUUACUUUUUCUUGGAAAGAAGGCAACGAAAAGCAUUCUUGGAAACCAGGCAAAGUCUGGAAGCUAAACUGAUUCUUGAAGAAGAAUCACAAGAACAAGAGCGUCUGCUUCUAUCAGUUCUUCCCAAGCACGUUGCUGCAGAAAUAAGAGAAGAUUUGGGCGCAGUGGUCACUGGUCAGUUUAAGAAAAUCUACAUGAGUAGGCACGAGAACGUAAGCAUCCUUUUCGCUGAUAUUGUGGGUUUCACGGCCAUAUCCUCCACCUGCACCGCUCCCGAACUGGUCAAAAUCCUCAACGAGCUCUUCGCCAGGUUCGACAAGCUCUCCGACAAAUACCAUCAGCUUCGAAUCAAAAUCCUCGGUGAUUGCUACUAUUGCAUCAGCGGAGCCCCUGAAGAAAGACCCGAUCAUGCGGUUCUCUGCGUCCACAUGGGUCUUAGCAUGGUGGAUGCCAUCAAAUCUGUCCGUGAGAAGACCAACACCAAUGUGGACAUGCGCGUCGGUGUGCACACAGGUGCUAUUCUUGCCGGAGUAAUGGGACAGCGCCAGUGGCAGUUCGAUGUGUACAGCAGAGACGUGGUACUAGCCAAUAAGAUGGAGAGCGCCGGCAUGCCAGGGCGAGUGCACAUUUCGGAGAAGACCUUGAGCUUCCUAAAUGGCGAGUUCGAGGUUGUCCCUGGUGAUGGAAUGUCUCGGGAGGAGGCUCUUCGACAAGCCGGUUUGGAGACGUACUUUAUCACUAAAGUCUUAAAACCAUAUCCUAUGGGCACACUUGACGAAAAAACAGAACAAAACGGAAAAAGUGGGAAAGAUGAUGUGGAUAAUGAUAUUUCAGAUUCAGACGAGCAGGACGAGACGUCCAAGUUGACUGGAAAUGGCGAGAAGAAUUUCGAAGAAGACUACAAAGCAAGACUGCAUCAAGAGCUUUUGGGAAGAGAAACAAAAGGGCACAUCAGGCAGCAGGCCAACCCCCUGACACUCUUCUUCAAGGACCCGAAAUUGGAAACGGAGUUCAGGAAGAUCAAAGACACCGUCAGUCUCGUCUCGAUUUCGGGGCUCCCCGUCAUUUCGAUUUUUUGCACGGUCGCUUAUUUCUUAGUCAUGUCAGGGAGCAUCUUCGCAAUAAUAUGUCUUCCCUCUGGGGCUCUACUGUUGACUAUCAUUGCUCUCAUAACCAUAUGUCCCGCCGGUUUGGAAGUAGGUCCCCUAAUGCUGAGAAGGAUGGGUUACAAAUUCAUAGAAAAACCAGGUUUGAGACUGGGCAUCAUUCUAAUCAUGGUCAUUAUUUGGUGUGUUGUCCACGUUAUGUCAACGGAUUACGAGAAUACUUGGACCUGGCCGGCAUCCGUGUCUUUCGGCGUCGUUGGCGGGAACGGGUCUAAUCUGACCACAGUCCUGCCGACCUUCCCACCUGCUCGGCUGACCCACAACUUCCCUCAGUACCUGACGUACUUCGCCGUGCUGGAGCUGAUCGGGCUGACCGUGCUCACCCACCUGUCGCACCUGAUCAAGCUCUUCCUGACGGUCGUUAUUGCUGUUAUCCAGGGAUUCAUCAACCUGAGCCUCUUGCAGGACUCCCUGGAUUAUUACGAUGACCGGACCUACGGCAUAAGCGACCACGACAUGAGUCACUCCAUCACACAAACUGUGAUCGUAGUCGUUGUCGCGGUCUGUCUCAUCCUCAUCAACAGACAGCUGGAGGUGACCUCUCGGCGGCUGUUCCUGUGGCAGAAGGAGGUGGAGGAGCAGCGCGAGAAGGUGGCGGACAUGCGGCUCAAGAAUGAGGCUUUAGUCUACAACAUCCUCCCUCCGCACGUCGCCAAGCACUUCCUCGGACAGAGCAAGAAAGACGAGGAGCUGUACAGCAAGAGUUAUGAGGCCGUGGGGGUCCUGUUCGCGGCUAUGCCCAACUUCUCCGACUUCUAUACGGAAGAUUCCGUUAACAACCAAGGGCUCGAGUGCCUCAGAUUUCUCAAUGAAGUCAUCUCCGAUUACGAUGCACUUUUAGAACAGCCAAGAUUCAAAGAUAUUAUCAAAAUCAAAACUAUAGGUUCCACGUAUAUGGCAGCAAGUGGAUUAACAGAAGAUUGCAACUAUGAUCCCAACGCACCCGUCAAGGUCAAGUGGGCCCAUCUGGCACAACUCACUGAAUUCGCCCUCACGCUCAAGGAGACCCUCACCAACAUAAACAAGGAGAGUUUCAACAACUUCCUGCUCAGGAUGGGUAUCAACCAGGGUCCUAUUACGGCCGGUGUGAUCGGCGCCCGCAAGCCCCACUACGACAUGUGGGGCAACACCGUCAAUGUGUCAUCCAGGAUGGAAAGCACAGGGAAAGCAGGCUGCAUACAGGUCGUCGAAGAGACAGCACGAAUCCUGGAAGAAUUCGAUUACGUUUUCGAACAGCGUGGCUUAGUUGCCGUUAAAGGCAAAGGCAAUCUGAUGACAUAUUACCUCCUUGGUCGUAAAUCCGACCUGAAGAAUUCUCCCGUCAAAUCCAAUCUCGACACGCCACCUGUACAACGCACCUCCUCUAGCUAAAAGGAACGACCCCCUGCUUUGCUUCCUCGAAGAAUGCAAUCAAAUUUCAGAGCUGAACCCUCUAACGACGCACAACAUUAUAAAAGUAUUGUCAGAAUGUCUACAAGUAGUUCGAUGCUUCUAAUUCUACAAACACCAUCAGCACAACAUCUUUACCAGCAACAUUCUAAAAACGGAGCACAGUUUCCAAGCAACAAUAGUAGAACACAGAUCCGUUUCUAUGUGUUUAAAUAGCAAUUUGAGGGCAAUAAAUACUACUAUAUGUGUGGUGUUGGAACUAUGUGUUGACAAAGAAAAAAAAUGGCGCACGAGAAAAUAAGAAUUCUGUAUGAAAAGAAAAAUUAGAUUUACAAAUCUAUGAAACAUGCAAGCCCAUUUUGUGGUAGACUUAAUAGUGAGAAAAAAAACUUGCUCUUCUGUUAGAACAUUAUUAUUCUUUUUUCGUUCAUAAAACCACCAGAUUGAUCGAAUUAUUCUAUCAUUGUUCGGAAAGGCAGAUCUCAAAUGGAAUGACUUGCUCUACCUCUCUAUCAAUGAAAAUGGUCUUCUUUUUUUUUUCGAAAAGAACAUGAGGCACAAAAGAAAAAGAAAAUGGCGAUGUUACUGGACUAUUUCUGUAUCUUCUAGUCAUCAUUAGAAUAUUAAUAAUGUACGUUGUGGGGGGAAAAAAUUGUAGUGUCGUCUUACAAAUACUGUCAACGGUUGAUCAAGAACUUUUUGAUCGAUAGCAAUUAGCAGGCACUACUCCCACCAAGCUAUUAUGGAUAAGAAGUAUGCAAUCAACAUACUACAGAAUCGUUGUGUAUUUAUAACUCUCAUUUAGUGAGCAAAAUGGCACUCAAAAAUAGUCCGGAAUUAUUUUCACAGAUACCUUACUUGGCUUAGAUAUGUUUCAAAAAAAAAUAUUGUGCUCACCUAUUUAAUAUUGCAAUUCAUAUCAAGAUAUUUACUAAAAAGUUCAUGCAAUUUCUAGAAAUGUCCUAAUUUAUUGACUAAAUGCUCUUCAAAAAGUAUGUGUUAAUUGUAUAUAUAUCCAGAAAUGGUUUGCAAUGGUUAACUCAUAUCUUGAAAUUAGCGCUGCUAUAUAAUCCUGUUUGAUAUAAUUGCUAUUACAAAAAAUUCCUGCCUAGAAAUUUAAGAGGUGUAAUUGGUAGGAUAUAUAUGAUGACCACAGAUGUAUAUAUGACGCAAUAAAUAUUUGUGCAAUAAAAAAACAUUUCAUAUGGAACUGCUUAAGUUUUAUCUACUCUGUUAAACAAAUAAGACUGAAGAAAGAUAAGAACUGUAACAGACUUAACAGAGGAAUAAGCUUAAGAUGUUGUUUCUGUCUAUUUUAAAAACGGAAUGGUUUGAAGUGCAGAGAUAAUGUCCUGUCCUAAUAAUGUCCUGUCUUAUUUUGGGGUUCUGUAUAAUAAUAUGCUUAUCACUGUGAAUCGCAUUUGCACGUUCAAUUCGAAUUCUAAUCUAUGGAAUUUUUAAAUUUAGAUUUCUGAAGAAAAUUAUAUACCUUCUCGACAAAAAAAUUUUAUACGUAUAAAAAUUCUAACUUCAUUCGGGGCCAAAAAUAAACUAGAUUUUGUAGAUUAGAGAAAGCAGUCCAUUUUUGAGCUUUGAUAUUGCACAAUUUUCACGAUAGUUAUGCAAGCAUCUAAAAAUAUUCAAUAUCGCGAAUUCUUUUCUCAAGCCCUCUUUAAUGUUUUUUCCUAUAUGGUGGCUGUGUUUAAAAUUGUAAUUCUUAGAUUUAAUUAUAACAAGUUCGUUGAAAAGCAAUAAGUGUUCAAUUUCAAAUGUAUGUUCAUACUCUAUCAGUAUUUCCCAUCUUGCUUAUAUCAAUUUUAGCUGUUGACAAAAUUAAACUCAUAGUAUUCAUAUGCAGUGUCAAACUUGUGUAAUAAUGUCAAACCAUAAAUUAAUUUAUUUCAAAAUCUAAUCAGAAUUCAUCUAACCAAAUCGAAUCAGAAUUUACAUUUAAAAAAUUCAUAACGGAAUAAAUUUUAAAAUUAGGCUUAACAAAUUUUUGGAACUCAAAAUUAAACUCAUAGUAUUCAUAUUCAGUGUCAAACUUGUGUAAUAAAACUCGUCAAACCAUAAAUUAAUUUACUUCAAAAUCUAAUCAGAAUUCAUCUAACCGAAUCGAAUCAGAAUUUACAUUUAAAAAAUUCAUAACGGAAUAAAUUUUAAAAUUAGGCUUAACAAAUUUUUGGAACUCAAAAUUAAACUCAUAGCAUUCGUAUGCAAUGUCAAACUUGUAUAAUAAAACUCGUCAAACUAUAAAUUAAUUUAUUUCAAAAUCUAAUCAGAAUUCACCUAACCAAAUCGAAUCAGAAUUUACAUUUAAAAAAUUCAUAACAGAAUAAAUAAUAAAAUUAGGCUUAACAAUUUUUGGAACUCAAAAUUAAACUCAUAGCAUUCAUAUGCAAUAUCAAACUUGUAUAAUAAAACUCGUCAAACCAUAAAUUAAUUUAUUUCAAAAUCUAAUCCAAAUUCAUCUAACCGAAUCGAAUCAGAAUUUAGAUUUUUAAAAAAUCAUAAGAGAAAGAAAAAUUUUAAUUAGGCUUAACAAAUUUUUGGAACACCAUAUUUUUCAUUCACACAUUUCUAGAUUUUUCUAAACAUAUUUUUUUCCAUCAUAAAUCUCGAAUUAUACAGGUAUUCGUCUUUUAUAAAUCUAAUUAUACAGUAAAAAUACAGUUUCUUUUAUUAGAAUAAAAAUUCGUGAAUAAAUGGAUUUAUAAAUUCAUAAAUUAAUAAUUAACAUCUUCACCUAUAUAUCAGCUCUAAAACUAAAUGAAAAAUUAAUUUUUUUGUUGAGAUUAUAUUAAAAUGUAUAAAAUGAAAUCGAUCCAAAGUUAACAAUAAGAUAUUAAAAUAUAUGAAAUCAUUUACAAAUAUUUCCUUUAAUUUAUAUAUUGAAACAAAAAUAUUUCUAGCAAAUUAUUAUUAAUUAAUAAACAUGUAAACAAUAAUUAAAUUUGUGAAGAAAGACAAAACAAGAGCAAAUAAGCCUAAAUAAAUAAUUCUCAAUACUAAAACUAAUUCGAAAAAAUGAAUGCCCUUGAUAAGAUUGCAUUAAAAAAUAUAUAAAAUAAAAUCAGUCUGAAUUUAAUAAAUAAAAUGUUAUUCAGAAAUAUGGAAUCGUUUGCUGUCACAGCCAGACAACUAAACAGGAAGCAAUAAAACUAAAAUUCGUUCCAGUGCGGAAUGGUUCGAUCUGGCUGCUGUAACGCAUUUUUUCCAGCUUCUGUCGUACUGAAACAAGUUUAUACAAGAUAUGUGAAUCCCUUAUUCUAGCAUUACGAGCAAACCAAUGCACAUUUUGUGCAUACAAGAUGUGCCUGACAAUCUACAAUUAGUUCGAGAAAAAAAUAAAUAAAAACUCUCGCAAAGUAUGGACCACAUAACAUUGAACAGAGAAUGUGGUUAGUCAUUAGAGCCGAAAUGGAGACGAAUUUAUCAAAAAAUAUUUUGAUACAAUUGUCUAGCUAGUCAUUUGUGAUGUAAAAUGGCGGAGUCCUGCGAUUGUUUUGGAGCGCGAGUGAAGAUUUCUUAUUUAUCUCUUACGAAGUCGAGUUUCUUGUGCGAGUGAUUGUUUGAUUUAUGUGUAUGUUAAAAAAAUAAAGGAUGUGAUUCUUUUCACACAUCUCUGUGAAAAAUUGAAAUAAUUGUAUAAAAAUGAAUAAAUAAAAUGUUGAUUUUUAA